CAGUUUGUUCUCAUCGCAAUCGACUAAAGGUUUUAAACAUCUCUGAACUAUGAAGCUGUUGAUAUUGGUUUUCGUGUUUGUCGCUUUUGUGGCCAACGCCUUGGCCCUGAAAAGUGCAAUCUGUGGUCUACCCCAUUCCCGAAACGGAGAUGGCAUAAUCUCCUGUGAGGCCUAUAUACCCAGUUGGUCCUACGACGCCGAUCGAAACGAAUGCAUCAAAUUUAUCUACGGAGGCUGCGGAGGCAAUAACAAUAGAUUUGAUUCGAGGGAAAUCUGUGAAGACAAGUGUUUGCAAUAAAAUUAGCUACUUUUUGAUUUGCUAGCUCUAUCUGAACUGAGACUCCCGACUUGGGUCAUAAUCGUAUAAGAUUAAUUCAAAAUAUUAAAAGUCCGGACAAACAUUUA